GUAAUUCGACUCGUAUUUCAGCGGAGAUUGAAUUGAAUAAAGUCAAUAAAAACACUCGAAAGAACAAAACUCAAAAGAGAGAGGGGGAGAGAGAAAUUGCAGACGGAUUAAAAAGCGAGAGAGGGAGCGACGAAUAUUGAAGGGCGAGAGUUGAAUUGAAAGAGGAGAAAGAGAAAAUGGCGAGUGGUUGCAGAUACGAGUUAAAGCAGAAUGCUUACAUGAAGGUGGUGCUUCAUGCCCUAAAGUACAAUACCACCUCUGUUAAUGGCAUUCUUGUUGGCCGUGAACCUUCGAGUUCUUCUUCAUCAAUGGUUGAGAUCGUCGAUGCAAUUCCCCUCUCUCAUUCUCUGAUCGGCCUGCUCCCGCCUCUCGAGAUCGCACUUAUGCUCGUGGAGGAGUAUUUCGCAGGCGAGGGAUUGAGUAUAAUUGGAUAUUAUCAUGCUAAUGAAAGAUAUAAUGAGUUUGAGCUACCAAACAUAGCUAAGAGAAUUGGUGAGCAUAUAUCGCGCUAUUUUCCACAAGCAGCGGUACUUUUGCUGGACAAUAAGAAGCUUGAGGCAAUCUCCGAAGGAAAGAGCAGGGAGCCCGUUGUACAGCUGUACACAAAGGAUUCGGCGAAAGGCUGGCAGAAAGCUGGAACGGAUUCAAAUGGGCUGCUGGUUUUGAAAGAACCGUCUGCCAAUUUGGUGUUGUGGGACCAUAUUACAUCUGGGAAGCACCAUGAAAUUGUAGAUUUCGAUGACCAUCUUGAUAACAUCAGCAAGGACUGGUUGAACCCUAAUCUUUUCAUUUAAAUUGCCUGCAAUUCUCCGACCUUUAUUGAACCAUCUGCAUCAGUUUUGGUUCUUUUGUCUUUUUCUCUUUGAGGUAUUGUAUCUGGACAAAUGGUUCAAGAAUGCAUUUUUGAAAGGCAAACUCUUAUUUAAUGGUACAGAGUGCUCUGGAUAGUGUAAACCUAGCUUCAAAAUGUUGAACUAGAAUAUUUUCUGACUGUGGAUUGGAACUUUACCCUAAGUUGGAUAUCUGCUGAAGAUUUUUGCCAUGA